AUGAAGCAAAUAACAUUCGAUGAUCAAUUUUUUUAUAAAAACCAUCGUAUUAUAUCCUUCUGCAUGAUGAACAUCGAACUCGAACAAAUGAGGUAUGCUUUAGCAGUUAUAUUGCAGAUUAUAUUUAGCUAUGCACUCAAGAAGAAGCGUAACUACAACUCAGUUUUCGCUAACUGCAUUCUGUUUGUUGCAUUUGGUCUGAAAUCUGUGAUAUUUUUCAACUUAUAUAUACUAAUGAACUUAAUAAUUCUUCUGUUACUAAUAGAGGUGGAAAGAAAAAAAGCUGCUGUGCUCGUUCUCAAUCUGAUAAUUCUGCAGGUAUUCAACAGAUUUUUGGAAGACGGAGUAACAAUUGCCGGGCCAUUAAUGAUACUUUCAAUCAAAUUUUAUUACGUAAACUCGGAAAUAAAUUGGACGAAAGAUACGUUUGGCCAAAUAUGUGAAUAUUUAUUCAGCAUUCCAUGUGUUCUGGCCGGUCCUGCUUUCAGCCUCAAUGAUUACAAAAAUCUUAAAAAAAACGAACAAAGAAUACUGAAAAAGCAGAUAAGCAAAGAAAACGAAGUUUUGAAUCGUACUCAAACGGCAAAUGAAACAACUAGUUCAGAUUAUAGGCACAGAUUGGUGAAUAUGGUUAAAAAUCAUUUCCAAAGCCAUAUAAAUCUAUUCGUCAACACGUGUUUAGCAAUUCAGUGCCUAAUCUAUAUGGCAGCAUACCUUGUGCUGCCAAUAAUAGCACCCGUAUUGGGGAUUGUUAACCAAAGAAUUUUCUUAAGAAUCCCGCAUUUGAUUGUUUCAUUAUAUGGAUUCAAGGCAAAAUACUAUUUUGUCUGGACAGUCUCUGAACUUUGUUGUAAUUUACAUGGUUUUCCGAAUGUAAGGAACGUUAACGUUUGGAACGUAGAGACUAGUCAGGAUUUCAAGGGAUACACCGAUAACUGGAAUAUCUAUGUACACAAAUGGUUAAAAGAAGCUAUAUUUGUUCCUGCAAAGACAUAUGGAAAAUUUCGUGCAAGUAUGAUAACUUUUUUGUACUCCUCACUGUGGCACGGCACAAAUUUAUCUUUUUUCUUCCUGUUUUUAUCCAUUGGCCUGAUUAUUAUGCCUUUGAAGCGGGUGAAAACAUUCAUAUGUGCACACACACCAGAAACAAUGGCACAUAUUUUCAAUAUUGUGACUUUUAAUCUCAUAUUUUUUUACUAUUCGAUGCCUUUCGUGCUGAUGAAUAUGAAAAAAACAAUAGCUGUUUGGAAAGCACUACUCUUCUACGGACAUAUCGUUCUAGGACCGUUUUUUGUGAUGGGUAGGUCGAUAAAAUAG